AUGGAUCUCGUUUGGCUAUUUUGUGAUGGAAACCCACAGCUGUUUUACCAGUUUGUGAACAUGCCAUUUGCAUUUCUUUUUUAUUGUUUAGCCAGGCAAGGACAUCUCUCAGUAAUCAACAGGUAUGUCUAUUUGACUCUGGGAGGAUUCAUCUUUGCUAUUGUAACAGUGGGUCCAUACAGCUUAUUGCUGUUCUUCAGUGCCGUCCUUCUCCUGCUGCUGAUAUAUUGUCUACAGCCAUCCCAUAUUCAUCAGUGGAUGUUGGGACUGCAGAUGUGUUGGCAAACCUUCUGGCACUUGUACAUCCAGUACCAGUUAUACUGGCUUCAAGAGACACCAGACUCCAGGCUAUUACUGGCCAUAUCUGCUCUCAUGUUGAUGACACAGAGGGUUUCUUCUCUAUCACUUGAUCUGCAGGAGGGAACAGUCACUAGUCCCUUUCAAAACAGCAGUCAGGAUCUAUCUGUCCUUAUACCGUUUCUAAGCUACUCACUUAAUUUUCCUGCACUUCUUGGAGGACCACUUUGCAGUUUUAACACUUUUGUGCAGUCUGUUAGGCAAAUGAGUGUGACUCCACCUUUGUCUUCAUAUUUAAGGAGACUUACUUCAAAGCUAUUGCAAGUUUUAGUUUUGGUGUGGAUUAAAUAUCCUCUCAAGGAGCUCUUAAAAUCAAUCACAUUUAGAGUAAACAGCCCUUGCGUUUGUCAAAACAUAAUAUGGAUCUGGAUCCUGUCGCUGCUACUUAAGAUGAAUUAUUAUGCACACUGGAAGGUCAGUGAGUGUGUUAACAAUGCUGCAGGCAUAGGUUUCCAUGGGUACAGUCACAGUGGGAAAAAAUCAUGGGAUGGGUUUUCUGAUGGCAGUCCAUGGGUGACUGAAGCGUUGAGUCGUCCUUCAGCAUUUGCGCGCCAGUGGAACAGAACCACGGCAGUGUGGCUUCGAAGAAUGGUCUUCAAAAGAUCCAACAGAUCUCCACUGUUUAUGACCUUUUUGUUCUCAGCGUGGUGGCAUGGCCUUCAUCCAGGUCAGAUUCUGGGCUUUCUCAUCUGGGCCGUCACCGUGCAGGGGGACUAUAAAAUACAUCACUUCUUGCAUCCAAUGCUUACCUCCAAGUGGAGGAAAUGGCUGUAUGUGUAUAUAAACUGGGCUUUUACUCAACUGACCAUUUCUUGUGUUGUUGUCUGUGUGGAGCUCCAGAGCUUAGAGUCAGUGAAACUGCUCUGGUCUUCAUAUAUCGCUGUGCUUCCACUACUGAGUGUUCUGAUAAUUAUAAUCCUGUGA